CCUUCGCCUCUCGCCUCACCACCUAGACUCUCCUCCUACAACUACCACCACCACCACCACUAUCCAACAGCCAUGGUCCUCCCAGUCGAACCUGAAUACGAGCAGGCACUCUCCGAACUCCAAAACAGUUUGAAGCCCUUUUUGGCUGCGAACCCAGACUACGAAAAGGCCCUCGAGAUCGUCCAAAUUCCGGAGCGUGUGCUCCAAUUCCGUGUGGUUUGGGAGGAUGAUCAGGGCAAAGCCCAAGUCAACCGAGGAUUCCGCGUCCAGUAUAAUUCUGCUCUUGGACCCUAUAAAGGAGGUCUCCGACUUCAUCCCUCCGUCAACCUCUCCAUCCUCAAAUUCCUCGGGUUCGAACAAACCUUCAAGAAUGCUCUGACUGGCUUGAGCAUGGGAGGAGGAAAGGGUGGGUCCGACUUUGACCCCAAGGGCAAGUCGGACGGCGAGAUCAGGCGUUUCUGCACUUCGUUCAUGUCUGAGCUGUUCAGGCAUAUCGGUCAGGACACUGAUGUUCCCGCUGGUGACAUCGGAACUGGUGCUCGGGAGAUCGGUUACCUCUUUGGUGCUUACAAGAAACUCCAGAACGAGUUCGUCGGCAUGCUCACUGGAAAGGGUCUCGCGUGGGGAGGAAGCUUCAUCCGUCCCGAGGCGACAGGUUACGGUCUGAUCUACUACGUCGAGCACAUGAUCGCCAAAGCCGCCCCGGAGUACAGCCUCUCCAAGCCCGAGACUCUUGUUGCCAUCUCAGGAUCAGGCAACGUCGCCCAAUUCACCGCACUCAAAGUCAUCGAGUUGGGUGCUACCGUCCUCUCCCUCUCCGACUCCAAGGGUUCCCUUAUCGCCGAGAAGGGCUACACCAAGGAAUUCAUCAAGGAGAUCGGACAACUGAAGCUCAAGGGUGGCGCUCUUGAAUCGUUGGCUCAAAGGGAGGGCUACACAUACCAUGCUGGCAAACGCCCAUGGAGCCUUCUCCCCGUUGUCCACGUUGCGCUCCCAGGCGCGACCCAAAAUGAAGUCUCCAAAACGGAGGCUGAAGACCUCAUCAAGGCUGGCGUGAGGAUUGUAGCUGAGGGCUCGAACAUGGGAUGCACGGAAGACGCCAUCGCCGUCUUCGAAGCCUCUCGUAAAGCUGGCGCUGGCGGCGUGUGGUACGCCCCGGGCAAAGCGUCCAACUGUGGUGGUGUUGCGGUCUCUGGUCUGGAGAUGGCCCAGAACAGUCAGCGACUCGCCUGGACGACGGAUCAAGUCGACCAGAAGCUGAAGAAAAUCAUGGCUGAGUGCUAUGAGAUCUGUCUCAGCGCAGGCACGAAAUGGUCGGGUGAGGAGAUCAAGGACGGUGUCCUACCAAGCUUGCUCUCCGGCGCGAACGUUGCUGGCUUUAUCAAAGUUGCGGACGCGAUGAGGGAGCAUGGCGACUGGUGGUGAGCCAGUCACACUACUCAGGCCCUUUGUUACGACUUUAUGAGGAUCUUCUGGGAACUUCUAUUUGCUUUCUUAGUUCCGUUUUGGUUUCGAUUUCCUAUUUACCUGUCAUCGCUAUGUCCAUCGCCAUACCUCUUAUAUUCCCGCACUGUCUGUACUUAUAUGUAAUUCGCACUCCCCCAAAACAAUGUAUAGGGUUGACCACUC